UUUCCUGUGCAGAACUAGGAGCUCAGGCUCAGCCUCAGCCCACGGGCUGGAUGAGGUGCACUGUAGGGACCUGGAUUCUAAACCCCUGCUGUUUUUGGUUUAGUUUUUGUUUCUAAAUGCAGGACUAGCAGGGCUUCACCUGGCAGUGCUGUACUGGAAACAGUUUCCCAAAGGAUCCCUGGUGCUUCUCUGUUUGUUACACACUCUUGCAGAGCUCAAACACGAUUUUUGGGUUUGUGUUGUUGUAGUAAUGAGGGUCAGACAGCGGGGGAGAGAGGUGGGUCUUCUGGACGGCUCACAGCAAAGGGACCAAUUGCAGAAUGCUGGCAUAGAUGGGACUUGGCAAAUUCUACUUAUGCAUAGUACUGAUCUUCAAGCUACAAUUAUUAAAGGAUGCCCAUGGUUUGAAUCACGUGAUAGCCAAUACAGAUUAUACAGUGCUGCUGUCUGUGAACUGAUUUAUGAACGUAGCCAUAGAGCACAAGAUAAAGCCUGGGUCCCAUGUGCUUGAGUGUGUGAACCCUGAGUCGCAGGGCUGUGUGCUGGCCAGGGGUCCCUCUGCAGCUGUAGGCAUUUGGCUGAUUUUAAAUGCUUGACUUUUUCUUUGCUGCUUCCUUCUACUUUUUUAUUAUAUGCGUAUUAAAGUCUCUUCUGCUGUAGUGAUAGGCUGUUAUUGGAGUUCAGUUGCUUCUUUUCCUGUUCAGAGGUUUUGUCACUUAGAAUCUAAAUAAAUUUAUUUACUGAAGAAAUAAUCCUGAUUUUAGUUCAAACGUCUUUCUGAUAAAUGAGUUGGUUCUGAAGUUAAAUUUUCUAUGUUCUAGUUCAGGUAACAUUCUAACCUAAAAAUGUCAUGUUCUUGUUCCUCAAAUUUACUCCUACAUUUUUAUAACUGUUUAGAAAUGUAUGUAGCUUAAAAGCUCUCACGCUUAAUUUCUGGCAGUCAGAAGGACUGUGGCUGUUAUUGUCAUGGGAAGCAGCUGCAGUGCCCCCAGCCUGCCCUGAGUUGAGUGAAAUCUAUGCUGAGUCCCAGUUUGCUAACAGCACUGCUUCUAUUUUUAAUGUGGUGCUUGGAGUAAGAUAAAUAAGUAUGGAACCUACCUAUCUGUUUAGGCUCAUGUAUGUUAAAUGCGUGAGCGCUUCACGCUUUACAACUGGGAGUAAGGUAUCAUUUAAGACCCAGUCCUGUAGGAGAUAAUGCUUAUGUAUGUUAAACCUGAAUUACGUUUUGGCCAGUAAAAACAAGCUUUACUGAGAUUUUUUUUCUUCCCGAAGUGAUGAAGUGUUGUUUCAUUUGUUGCUACUGAUAAUUAACAGGAGCAGAUCAUAAUGGUGUUCAGCAAGGUGUCCAGCCUGCAACCUCUGAAAUUUUAGCUAACGUAAAGAGCAUAAGCUGCUUUAAAGAUUUGGAACAACUUGUCAUCUUGUUUUCAACUGGUGUUUUCUUUUUGCACCUUUCAAUUGGCAGUUCUGCUUCAGGUUACAGGCGUUCAGUACCAUAAGCAAUUUAUGACUGAAAGGAGCAUCCUAAUGUAAAUUCCGUAUCAGAUAAAGGCAGCGCUAUGCAUAAGCAGAAUUCUAGCUCUGCACUUAGUUUUGCUUUAUGCUUUUAUGUGUAUUAAUUAAUCAUUUUUAUACAAUCCUGAGAUAUUUAAAAUAGAUCUUAUUCAUCAUCUAUAGAUUUUAGUAGCACUUUUUGUAUGAAAAAAAACCUUCUGUGGAAUGUCCAAAAGAUGGAGUUUGUGUAGCCUGUGCCAUUUUACUUAUUUAAGUUUUAUUGAAGGAAAAAUAAAAAUGAUUUGUACAGUGGAAGAGGGAAAGCAUAAAAUAUAACAAAAUGGUACUGUCCUUUGUGCUCUGUACAAUCUGUCAUUUUAAUAACUCCACUAACAUUGCUUUCACUUAAUUUAAUGCUGGUUGCCUUUAACAUUUACUAAACAGUUUUGAAAAUUGCUGUAGCUUAGCCUGAGACGUUUGUGAUUAGCUGCACCAAUUUGAAAUGGCCAGUUUGGAUGAUGACAGAACCUCAUCUGCGCAUGCUUUUUUAAAAUUUGGUUCAAUUUAUGAGCCACUUAAAAGUAUUAACCUUCCUAAAGCUGAGGGGGAAAGUUUGUGGGAUAAAUUAGACCAUUACUACAGAAUUGUUAAGUCCACACUGUUGCUUCAUCAAAGCCCAACCACAGGUCUGUUUCCUACAAAGACCCAUGGAGAUAACCACAAAGCAAAAGUACAUGACAAUCUUUACUGUGCUGCGUGCUCCUGGGCAUUAGCCCUUGCUUACAGGCGUAUUGAUGAUGACAAGGGAAGAACUCAUGAACUGGAGCAUUCUGCUAUAAAGUGUAUGAGAGGAAUUCUCUACUGCUACAUGCGUCAGGCCGAUAAGGUUCAGCAGUUUAAGCAAGAUCCUAAACCCUCUGGAUGUCUUCAUUCUGUUUUCAAUGCACAUACUGGAGAUGAGGUCUUCUCCCAUAAUGAAUAUGGCCACCUUCAGAUAAAUGCUGUGUCAUUAUUUCUCCUCUACUUGGUUGAGAUGAUCUCUUCGGGGCUGCAGAUUAUCUACAACACAGAUGAGGUACAAAAUGAUUUCUCAUGUUACAGCAUGCUUUAACUUGUCAUUGCCAAC